GAACUCCGCUUGUUGUUCUUUCGUCUAUGCUCAUUGGCGCGACUACCCUUUUUACCACUCUUUGUUUUUGAUGGUGAUGAAAGACCCAAGAUAAAACGAGGCAGCAAGAUGGGGAAAUCGGGAUCCCACGGCCUUACGUCUGAGAUGAAGAGACUGUUGGAAAUAUUUGGCAUGGAAUGGAGAACGGUGAAGCGGACGUGAUCCGAACACGCUCGACUGCUGAUGUUUUUCAGGUUCUCGGUGAAGCAGAAGCCGAACUGGCUCAUCUCAAUAGAUAUGGCGUUAUAGAUGCAGUCUUGACGGAUGAUGUAGAUGCGCUUGUUUUCGGUGCCCUUCGGGUUAUGAAAAAUUCAAGUCUAACGCUUUCUGGGAACAAGUCCAAUCCCGCAUUGGAUUCGGAGGGCAAACCCAGCAAACACCAUGCUAUGAUAUACACAGCAGAAGCUAUUAGGAGACGCCCAGAGGUAGGGCUCACUAGAGGGGGGUUUGUUCUCUCUGCGAUGCUUGUGAAAGGAGACUAUGGUGAUGGCGUAAGGGAUGUUGGCAGAGGUAUCGCGCUUGGCUUGGUACGCUGUGGAUUCGGCGACGAACUUCUCGAAUUAUUUCACCGCCGUUCCAUCGAAGACAUUUGGCCAGCACUUGCACGCUGGCGCUCCAGCGUCAACUUGGAAUUGCACACCAACUCCCGGAAACAGCUUCGGCACUCGUACUCGACACUUUCCUUACCGCUAGACUUUCCAAAUAUGCAGAUACUCGAGAAUUAUAUCGGUCCAGUAUGCAGUGCCCGGGUAGGAAGCAUGGGUGGUGGAAAAAUGCGUGACAACGGAGAGCUGAAUCUUGCCCGAGCCGCAGCGUUCUGCGAGGAGAAGUUCGGAGAGUGGGGUUACCCAACUGCGAUUAUAAAGAGGUUCCGAAGCCUGAUGUGGGAGGCGGCAAUAAUGAGGGUUCUCAGGAGAGCUGCGCUUGAAGCUGACAAGAAAGAGAGGACAAAACGUCUCGAGCACGGCGAAAGCUCCGUCAUAAAAGGGCCACCGACUCCCUCUCCUGCUGAGGCAGUUGGGACGCCGGCUUACCUCGUGAACAAGUAUCUCCCUACGACAGACGUAAACCGUCGUCGUGCGGCGUUUUCCCUUCAACCCUCCUUCGAAGGACAUAACUCUCGUAAUGGGUCAUUGAUCACGAAGAUUUAAGGAACGCGCCAGCAUGUAUCCACUGAUGGCCUUCUGGAGUACCGUGUUGAAGUGUGUCCUUCACAGUCUGUAGAAAUUGCUCAAUCAGGUAUCAAGGGUAAACGAUCCGAGCCCACAGGCCAUGCCACUGCUUCGGAUGUCAAUCAGUAGCUCGCAAGCGCAAGCCACGAAGAGAACUACCAAAAAGUUGCCACCCGAUCCGCAUAGCAAUAUGCGUGUUUGGAUUCCUGUUUCUAUGAUUCGACAGGUCGAGCCUUGUCUUGCCAUUGACUAUGAAGCCAAGCAAGAGAAGAGCAUUCACAAAACCCCAGGAAGCGGUGUAGUACAGAGACAAGGGACGGGUAAAGCACAGGCCGAACCAGGCACUGAGGAGAGAAGCGA